AUCAAUUUAUUGAAUACCUAAUUACUUUUUAUUUCAUAAUACUUAAUAUCUAUUUUAUAAAAUCAAUAUUUAUAUAUAUAUAUAUAUAUUAACUAUUGUAGGUUUAUUCAUAAUAUUAUUUUUAUAGUCAAAUCUUUCAAAAACUGUUCAGAGAAAAUUUUUGUUUAAUAAAAAACACUUAUUUCAUUAUCUAUGGAUAACUCUACCAAAUCUAAGGUAUGUAUAAAUGUAUCUAUACAAAUUUGAAACCACUUAUGAGUUAUAGGUACCUACAUCAAUACACUACUAAUUAUUUGUAACUAUGUUAUGCAGACGGACACUCUGAUUGAGCAUGCAAAUAUCAGUAUAACUGAAGCGGACAAGCGUAUGAACUCAACAUUGAGUUUAAAAGAAUAUUAUACGGUGUACAUUAUUGAAACCAAGUAACUUAUAUGACACAUAAUAGUUUAUACUAUAUACACAUUUCAUAAUAUAAUGUAAAUUAAAUAACAUUUUACAUUAUGUGUAUAGGAUUGACAGUGAAACAUGGGCUGAAUUGAAAAAUAUUCAAAAAUUGUUAUUGGCUACUCGACGGUAUACGGAUUUUGUAAUGUUACACAAUCACUUGGGAGACAAAUAUCCUUGGGUAGUGAUACCACCAUUACCUGAAAAAAAACAAACUUAUAUGUGGAAUAGUGAAGCUGUAUCAGAUACAAUGGAUCCAGAUUUUGUUGAUAGGAGACGCGCAGGACUAGAAAGUUUUCUCAGAAGAAUAGCCAGUCAUUGUGAAUUAGGUUAUGAUGAAUAUUUUCUUAAAUUCUUAGGUGAAUGUGAUAACUGGAUAGAUUCCACAAAACCACUUAAUAGUGAGUCAAACAUUUAACCAAAACUAGUUCAUAAAAAUAUUAGAAUAUAAAUUUAUCAUUAAUUAUAACAUGUUGGGUAUAAAUUUAAUUUAAGGUAUAUUAAAAGACACAGAGCUUACAAUUAAAACAAUGAAUGCAUCAAUGCGGGGUAGGAAUUCAGAUAAACGUUUUGAAGCAAUUAAAACAUAUAGCAAUAAAUUACAGGUUGGUAAUCACAAAAUACAAUGAAUUUUAACUAUUAAUUUAUAUUUAUAUUUAAUAAUUAAUGUACUUUAGGGUUCUAUUAACAAGAUAUUGACAUACCGAGCAAAACAAGCAGAACGACUUUACAAUGUAGAUAUGUUACAUUUACAUUAUGGUCGGAUUUUCAGUGAACUUAGUGCUGUAGAUAACGAUAUUGGUGAUGCAGUUCAGGUAUUACCUAAGUAAAACAAGUUUUUUUUUUUUAAUCAACACUAAUUAAUAAAUAUAUUUAGAGGACAGGUCAUUAUAUGGAUUCAAUUUCUUCUGCUAUUAGCCCAGCUUUAGAAGACGAAGAAAUUAUUAUGGACCAAUUAAAAGAGUAGGUACAUUUGUUAUUGUAUAUUGCUAUGUUAUUACUUUGGCAAUAAUAUAAGUAUUUUGUACUUCAACCCUUAACUUCUUAAACUUCUUUGUGUGAGUGCUUUGUAAGAUCAUAAUAAUUUAUCAUCCAAUGUUAUUUAAUUAAUUAUUGUAUGUAAUUAUUUAUUGGUAAUAUUGAAAAUCUACUAAUCAAUUACUGAUUUAAAGGUACUUGGCUUUUACAAAUUCUCUCCACACAAUUGUUAAAAAUCACGAUUCACUUCAUUACAACUUAAAUCAGUUGAACAAUAUGUCAAACAAUAAAGGUGAUUUUUAAAAUUAUUUAUUAUAUACCUAUAUGUGCAUAUUUUAUUAGAAAAUGUUUUAAAUUGUAUUAAAUCCGUUCUUUAUAAUUCUUUUAUUGUAGUUUUUUGGUUAAAUAUUGCUAACUAUUAAAAAAUGACCAAAUUAAAAUAUAUAUAUAUAUAUUCUCAAUGACUUCAUUAAUGUUUCUAUUAUUAUUUUAAAAUAUAAGUAGUGGUUAUAAAUAUAAAUUAAUUUGAAGUAGUAGAUUUAAUCUAAUUGCUAAUAAAAUAAUUUCAUAUAGCUAAAUAUAUUAGAGUUGUUUAAUUGUGAAACCAAGAUAGACAUCUAUGUUAUAACUAGUUGAAAACUUAACAUUUAAAUUUUUAAAAAGUUUAAUUGAUUUUAUAUUAAGAUUGCUUAAAAGCAAAAUAUCCUAAUUUGAUUAUUCUCUUGUUUAAACAUUAAGUUUUUGUAUAUUAAAAGUUAUUAAUUUGUAUGUCUUAAAGAUAAUUAUAAAAUAGUAGUUUGAAGUUUUAGUCUAUGAUUGUUAAACAUACCAUUCAUUUGUAUUUAUUAUACAAAAUUAAUUAUUAAAUGUAAAUUAUGUUAUUAUAAUAAAAUGUAUAAUUAUGUUUUAGAAACUACAGGAGUUAUGUCUCGACUUUUUGGCUAUACUUCAUCAGCAGUUGAACGUGAUGCAGCAGCAGUAGAAGCAUUUGAAAACAAAAAAAUUGAAUCCCAAGCAAGUUAUUGGUAUGUACUUUAGUUUAUUAGCUAUUUGAUAUUUUCCUUGAGUUGUUUAAAAGAGAUGUCUUGUUCUAUCAUUUCAAAUUCUAAAUUAUUUUAUUCUAAAUAACAUUUUGUGUAUCAGUGUCAAAUUUUCUAGGCAUGUUAUUAUAAAAACAUAAAUAGUAAAUACAAAAAUUAUUUUAUCAUCAAUACUAUGUGCAUAGCAUAUUGUAAAACAAUAAUUAUUUAUGACAAAUAUUUCAUCUAUUUCAAUUAUACUUAUCUCUAUUAUGAUUUUUCUUAACUUUUACUGGCAGCAUGUGUGCUAGUUAUAUAAUGCUUAUUAUCACUAAAAAAUACUGAAUGUGUCAAUGACAUGUUCCGUUCGAAACCGUGCUACUGAGCACUCAGAAUAUCCUUACUCUAUUAAGUUUUGUAAAUUAAUUGUAUGAUUAAUAUUCAAUUGUACAGUGUAUACAUAAUUGAGUAUUGCCAUUGUUUUUACUGUUUAGGACUAUAAUUAGUUUAUUAGUUUAUAUUUCUUGAUUUUCUUUCAUGGAGACCUUUUUGUGAAUUAUAAUGAUAAAUUAUAAAUGAACAUGCAAAGCUCUGCCCAAACUUCGGAAACUAUACUCGCCACUGAAUACCGUAUUUUCUUUUUGUUUGAUAAAAAAAUUUAAAGUUUUUAUUUGCCAAAUAAUUUAUAAUUAUUUAUUUAAUAUCUAUUUUAAUAUACUCUUUAACUUUUGACUGUUUGUAAUCAGAGGUCUCACUGAUAAAAAAUUAAACUCAAUAAUUGACAAAAUCUUAUUUAUUCUUUAUACAUAUUAAGUAAUUAAUAUUAAUUUGUAUUUUAGCGAGUUUGUUGAUAAAUCAUUAGAAAAUUACAAAGAAUUUGAGAGAACAAAAGACUCAGAUCUUAUGAAGAUUCUUAAAGAUUAUGUUGUAUUCCAAACUAAGUAUGCUCAAAAGGUUAGUAAAAUGUUAUAACUAAUUUUCAUUUUUCAUUUAAAUAAUAUUAUUAUUAUUAUUAUUAUUAUUAUUAUAAUAUACAGAAGUGAAGAAAUUAAAUAACAUAUUACUAUUAUAGUAAAUUGUCAAUUAAUCUACAAUUCUGCGCAUCUAAAAAUUUAAUAAAAUAAAAUAAUUAUCGACAUUAAUAAAACAAGUAUUUUUGAAAAUAUUUUGUUUUAUAAUUUUUCUCAUGGUUAUAUUAUAAAUCACAAAAAUGAUAGCACCAGUUAUAUCAAAACCCGUUAUUUUCUAAAAUGAUUUUUGAUCAUCCUUAUAAAACUGCAAAACUUAAAUACUCACUGUUAUAUCAUCAUUUAAGGUGAUAUAUUUUAUUUAAGAUUCCUCAACAAAUAUCUAAAAUAUAAUAUUUAUUCAAAUAUUUUUUAAAACAUUCUUAAUACUAAGUAAUCCCAAACAUUUUCUUUUUCAGGGGUUACAAACUUGGAAAAAUAUUUUACACAGCAUACAAAGUAUUGAAUGAACACUACUGUCAUUACAUAUCUUUAUUAUUAAGUCAAUUAUUAAUUAAAUUCAUUUGCCAUUGUUUACCUAACCAGUAAUUUUAUUAUUCAUAUAAUACUAGAUCAUUCCAAAAUUGUUAAGAAUGCCUACUUAAAAAUAUAAGUCCCUCUAAAAUAUUGUUGGAAUUAAUAUGAAGUAGCUAUUAUUCUCGUUCAUUGCAUUUUGUUAUUUAAUUUAUAACUAAACCAUUCGUAUAUUCAUCAACGCACUAUUAUAACAUGUUAAAUUAUAUUUUAUAUGCAUUUUGUUGAUUAUUAAAACACUUUUUAUUUAAUUAUACCAUAUUAUAUAAUUAAAAUAAUAUGCCUAUCUGAUAUUGGUAAACAUUUAAAAAAAUCAUUGUUAAAUUCUCAGUUGGCAUUAUUUUUUAUAUGCAUUGUUUAUUGGUCAAAUUAUGAUAGAAUUUAUCAUAAUUUUCAGUAGAAAUUAGUGAUAAAAAUAUUGCCUAUGAAUCCUAUAGUACCUAUUGAUAAAAUCCUUUAUAGGUAAUAUAUUUUAUAAUUGGAAACAACCGACAGAAAAAAGAAAACUAGUUUUUAUUACUUAGAAUCCAAUUUAAUUAUAAACCAUUCUCACUGUAUGUAACUAUCCAAUAAAAAAUUUCACUGGAAC